GAUUAACUCGCGCCGUCAGUCGUCAGUUGAAAUCCGAGUCGAGUGGAGGCAACGUUUGCGUAUCCCCGUAUCCGUAUUGUUGUUGCUGCUCUUCAACUGAUAAGCACAACUUUUCAUAUAAAAUUAAUAGUAAUAAUAAGCAAAUCGCUCAGAAAGAUGAAGCCACAGAUAAUAAUACUCGUGGCACUUUUCUCACUUGUAUGUGGCAUCCAAGCGCAGGAUGUGAAUGGUGAGCAUAUGAAGACGAAGUGGACGAGGGAAAUGACGCACAUAACAUUGAGGCAAGUCAAAAUCGCUUGGCCGCUCAGUUUGAGGCCGUGUUGGAGCAUUAUAAGCAAAAGGAUCCAGUUGGUCUGCCUGGUGCUAAUAUCCCCGAUCCAAUAGAUGUCCCCGAUAUGCCCAAAAGCCUGGGCGUGGCCACACUGAACAUGCUGAACGUGAAGGCUUACGGUCUGUCCAAGUUUCGCAUCGCAAGCAUCAAUGCUGAUUUUAAGGAUAUGAUGGUGGAGACAGGUAUACAGCUGGAUGAGAUGUUGGUCAAGGGCAAUUACGUGCUGAGCUCCUUCUUCUCAAAGGCCAACGGACCCUUCACCGUCAUACUGAAGAAGGUUUAUGUGAGAGGAUCGGCCACGCUGAUGGUGGAAAGUGAUGGACAUCUGACAACGGAUCAAAUUAAGAUGGACAUUACGUUUGGUGACAUGGCCAUGGAUUUUCAGAAUCUCGGCUUUUUGGGCAGUGUUUUUCAGGGAAUCGUCAACUCAGCCCCCAACAUAGUGUUCGAUGCAAUGAAACCAUUUAUGAUGCAGGAGGCGGACAAAGUGCUGCGUGUCGAGAUUAAUACCAACAUUGAGAAGAUGUUGGGCGAUCGCCGGUUGCCCAAUUCGAUUACACCGCUGGACAGCGCCAUUGCAAUGGGACGCAAAUGGGUGCGCCAACAGGGUUACGAUCCGUAUCAUGUGGACGACAUGAAUCGCACCAUGGGAGUGUUUAGUGUGCAGCUGUCAAACACCUGGAUCAGUGGCAUCUCUAGCUUCUAUCGUGUGGGCAACAUCACAGCUGCCAUGUUGAAUAAUACCAUCUCGCUGCGUGUCCAGCUGGGCACCCAAGAGAUCAUUGGCGCUGGCCAGUGGGAGGUUGGUUUCGGCCUGAUGACACGUGUGGGUCAUGUUCAGUUCACGGUUCAGCAUAUACGUGCAACCGUUGAAAUUAGUCAACCCUUGGAUACCCGAAAGCGUCCGCAAAUCAACGACUUGCAAUUCGACAUGGGCAACAUUCAAGUGCGAUGCGAUGGCGCCGGCACCUUGGACUAUGUCAUGGAGUUUGCGGUGAAUGUGUUGCCAAAUCUAUUGCGCUAUCAGAUCAUGGACGCCAUCGAAAAUCCUAUUAAGCAGCGCGUUCAGGAGAAAUUCAAUGCUAUCGAUGUGGAGCUGGCUAUGAAGCAGAUGAUUGAAAAAUACAAAAAGGGUGGCAAAAUGAUCAGUUUCGAUUUUAAACUAUAAUAACUUUGAGAUAAGUUAUGCUUUCAGUUAAUCAUUACUUGCAAUAAUUAAAUACAUUUUAAACUUUCACAAUUACUUCAGCAAUAUAUCAAAGCAUAAAAAA